AAAGCACCUCAGGCUAACUUGGCUUGCAGAGUGGGCCAGCACUGCUCCAGGAGAAAGAAGAGGAGAAGGAGAGGGCACCCUCAGGGGAACUCCUGAAGAUGGCCAAAGAUGACUCCACCGUUCGUUGCUUCCAGGGCCUCCUGAUUUUUGGAAAUGUGAUUAUUGGUAUGUGCGGCAUCGCCCUGACUGCAGAGUGCAUCUUCUUUGUAUCGGACCAGCAUAGCCUCUACCCACUGCUUGAAGCCACAGACAAUGACGACAUCUACGGGGCAGCCUGGAUCGGCAUGUUUGUUGGCAUCUGUCUCUUCUGCCUCUCUGUUCUAGGCAUUGUAGGCAUCAUGAAGUCCAGCAGGAAACUCCUUCUGGCAUAUUUCCUUCUGAUGUUUAUUGUUUAUGGCUUUGAAGUGGCAUCUUGUAUCACAGCAGCAACACAACGAGACUUUUUCACACCCAACCUCUUCCUGAAGCAGAUGCUGGAGAGAUACCAAAAUAACAGCCCCCCAAAUAAUGAUGACCGGUGGAAAAACAGCGGAGUCACCAAAACCUGGGACAGGCUUAUGCUCCAGGACAGCUGCUGCGGUGUGAACGGUCCAUCAGAUUGGCAGAAAUACACGUCUGCCUUCCGGACUGGGAAUAACGAUGCUGACUAUCCCUGGCCUCGCCAGUGUUGUGUUAUGAACAAGCUGAAAGAACCCCUCAACCUGGAGGCCUGCAAACUAGGAGUGCCUGGUUAUUAUCACAAUCAGGGCUGCUAUGAACUGAUUUCUGGACCAAUGAACCGACAUGCCUGGGGGGUUGCCUGGUUUGGAUUUGCCAUUCUCUGCUGGACUUUUUGGGUUCUCCUGGGUACCAUGUUCUACUGGAGCAGAAUUGAAUAUUAAGAAGACAGUGUCUCCAUGGUCCCACCUUCCCCCAGUGACUCUGGAUUUGGUGCUGGAACUGCUCUCUCCUGUUACGCCAUGUGUGCCCCCCAGAAACAUGUGUUCUCACUCAAGUGGCCAUGUCAGUUCUCACCACUGUUUUCACCCUAGUCUAGGAUUCUACAACAUUUCAUUGACUGUAGAAGCAGGAGAAUUUGGAAAGGAGGUAAUAACUACUCCCAUCUCUGUUUAUUUUUAAUUUGAGAGCAUAAAGAGAGGACCUUGUGUUAUCACAGCUAGCCAAGCCUAUUUGAACAGCAAAUAUGUCUGUAUUUUUCACAACUUUCUAAAAGACACUUUCAAAGGCUUUCAUUCCUCAGUAUUUUCUGUGUGAAAGAACUAAGGAAAGGUGCUGAAUUAUAUCUUUUGCUUUUUAUUCUCUAUAUAUGGAGACUCGGGUGAUUAAUGCCACAUUGGGAUCCUUUUACUCUCCAGGACAAUGCCCGCUCUUGAGUUAUCAAUGGCCAAAAUUUCCUCUUGGAUAUUGUAGAGUUAGACAUGUGUUCAGUAACCUCAACCUCCCAUUAAUUAAAAGUUUUGGAAUUUCUGAGGCAAAGUAGAAGCCUUUUAUAUGUAUUUACUAGUCUCAACUAGAAACACCUUUCAAAUAGAGAAGCAAGCCAGCUACUAGAUAGGUGAUUCAUGGUGAUUUUUGUUUACUGUUAAAAUGUUUCCCUAUUGAACAUUUGUGGCCCUGAAGAAAGGUCAUAUAAUUCAACAUGUCUUAUAAAUAAAGAGGGCUCUUAAAUAUAUUCACGUUCUUUUGUUUUUACCAGCAUCCUAA